CGCAGCCGAGCUGUCAGAGCGAGUGUCUGCCGGCUGAAAGGUCCAGUUUGCGGACAUCCACACGACCAAGACAUGAAAAUCUGGGCGUCAGAACACGUAUUCAACCAUCCCUGGGAGAUGGUAAUCAAAGCAGCGAUGCAGAAAUACCCCAAUCCCAUGAACCCGAGCGUGGUGGGCGUGGACGUGCUGGACAGACAGGUGGACACAGACGGACGGCUACACAGCAACAGACUGCUCAGCACAGAAUGGGGGCUGCCAGCCUUCCUCAAGUCUAUCAUUGGUGCCGCAGGGACCCGCACAUACAUACAGGAGCGGUCGGUGGUGGACCCCAAGGAACAGACAUUUGAGCUCAAAUCUACAAACAUCACCUUCACCAACAUGGUGUCAGUAGAUGAGAGGCUCAUAUACCGCCCGCACCCACAUGACCCUGAGAAGACCAUGCUGACGCAGGAGGCCAUUAUCUCGGUGAAGGGAAUGAGUCUGAGCAGCUACUUGGAGGGACUGAUGGCGAGCAACAUCUCAACCAACGCAGGCAAGGGCCGGGAGGCCAUGGAGUGGGUGAUUCGGCGCCUGAACGAAGAGAUCGAGGACCUCAAAGCGACGGCGCGAGACACCCUGCGGACCCCCAUGGCCGCCGCGGCCACGGAGCAGUGACCAGCAGUAGUGACCAGCAGGGGCCAGCGUCCCCUUUCGCCAGAGCAGCCUCUCUCUGUGACAAGCCCCCUCAUACACUGUGGUAUGGGACCAUGGCCGCUCAUUAAGUGUCUAUAUUAGAUGUGGAUCCAGUCUGUUACAGCUCGUCGUGCGCAGAGAGGCUGCUCGUUACAGACGGGUCAGACGCUCCGGACUCAGCAUGGACGCCCGAGUGCUGGGACAUCUCCCGCUCUGGAGGCCUGCAUGGACACCUGGAUGGAGUUUAAAGCGCCAAAUGACACUUUUUUUCUGUUUUAUUUUUUACAAACAGUUCCCCUCCUCAGCUCCCUCCCCAUAUCCUCUCACUCUCACACACCCCAGAGAGCUGCUUUAAUGAGCCGGCUGCUGUGUAGUACCUUCAGGCAGCCUGUGAGCCGUGUGGUGGGUGGAACAGGAUGGGGAACGGUGAUGGAGAGCAGUGAUGGGGAAUGGUAAUGAGGAAUGGGGAACAGGAUGGAAGACACCCAGGGUCUCGCAGUGAACAGGUGUUUCUGAACACUGUGAAGGUGAAUUCUCUGAGCUGGGCUCCUUCAGCUUGGUGAUCUGAAACAACCUCUCAGGAUUUAGUGUUUUUUUUUUUUUUGGGAGGGGAGGGUAGUUGGGUGGUUGGGGAGAGGGGGGACUAGGGGGGUAGUUUUAUUUGCAUUUACUUCAAAGCAGACAGAACCUGGUUGUCCUGUCAAGCAUCUCCACACUUGAAUGUCAUGUACUGUAAAUUCAUGUUUUGUUAUUAAUAUUAUUAUUAGUAGUAGUACUAUGCCUAGUAGUAGUGCUAAUAUCAAUAACAGCAGUUGAGGUACUUUAUUUAAUAGCAUUAGAGACUAAUUAAAUGAAGGGCACAUUUUACAAACAAGUGCUAAUUUAUAUUUAAGAAGACAGUGUCAAACACAUGAUAGCAUAUAUUUUAUGUGUGAUUUCAUAUAUAGGUACUGUAUAUAUACAAUCAUAGCACUGCAUAAUUAGGGAUUGAGGUGGAGGUGAUAGAUAAGGUAAUGAGAAAACAAAAAUAUGUGAAAGAUGUAGUUUAAAUAGUUUGGAAUGCAGUGUAAGGUGUGUGAGAGUCCAAGCAGAGAGGCCGGGAACAAGCAUGUCUGACUGUGCACCCCCAGGAGGUGCAGGGAUCUGACCGUAUGCGCUGAUCCCAGUGCAGACAGUCUAACGGUGUGAAUCAUCAGGAGGCGCAGUACACUGACCAUACUCACUGAUCCCAGCUCAGUGACAGAUUAUAGUGCUGAACAUGGAUAAAUAUUGCAGCUGUAGUUAUUUAUGAAAGCACAGUGGUGCUGUAGAAGCUGGGAGGAGCUCCGUUUUACUACAUAACAGACUUUACACAGUUUUAUCUGGUGCUUUCUGGAAAUCUGCCUGCACUUGCUCUCUAGCCACUUCUGGUAUGUGAGUGAUGGCCUUGGCAGGAACACAGUAACAGCCAGAAAGUUAUUCUGUUCAUUUUAGCUAUUUUCUCCUGGAUUAAUAUAUAACUACGUAUAAUUACGUAUAACAGGAUAUACACUAAACUAGUGAAGAAGUGUCAGACAUAAAUGCAUACAUAAGUGGUAUAUCUAAAUGUUUCCCUAGGCAGAAGGCCAGUCCUGGCCAUCACUAUAGGUAUAUUCCCUACAACAGUAGAGCAUUGUUAGACUAAUUUGAUUAAAAAAUAUUUUUAAAGAUAAAGACAGCUCUCCCCUCACUGGUGUGUCACUAAGAAACGUCUGAUACAGUAGCUACAUAUUACUUUAUUUCUAGUAGCAUAGCAUUGCAUCAUUCACAUACACUGAAAUGUAAAAACCACACGCAAUGCAUUCAUACGCAGAUAUUAGGGUCCCUUUGCCUUUUAAGCUAAUCUCAGCUUUUGUUCCUUUAUGCAACUAUAAACAUUUUCAUGUUGGGGUGGAAACCAUAGAUGUUUUCUUGUCCAGGUAGCCAGAUUUAAAUCUGUACCUUAAAAUGGUAGACAAGGGUACAUCCCGCUGCUCGAUGCACCUGUCCAACUACAGCACUCCACCUUGGCCCUUUCAUUCAAUUACAGCACUUCCUGUCUGGUUUGAGGUCUCUACAUAAACAAGCAGAACUUGGCCACAGCGCUAGUUGUGUAGCAACUAUGCAUAUGUGUUACAUAGUACUGAGUUUGUAAUAAAAUGUAAAAUGGAAAAAAAAAAUGGUGUUAUGAGAAAUAUCAGCCAAAGCUCACGCAGGUGGCUUAGGGAGUGGCAGGCUGACAUCGGUGCCAGCUUACAGCACUGAGAGAAGAGGAUGAAUGUUCUGUUUUUCUUCAGCUUUCAGUUGUGUGCUUUUAACCCGAGGCCUUGGUUAUCGCUGUCAACAGCCUAACAGUCUUUAUUGAAAUAAACAAUAA